AUGGCAGCGAAGGCACAGAAGGACCUGGUCGUGGGCACUCCAGCUGACCCAAACAAUCCCCGGGAAAACAGCUGCGUGCACGCCAAAUCUCCAAGCACCAACUUGUCCUGGAGGGGCCACACCGACCGCGCAUCCAUGCUCCUGGCUGGGCUGGAUCCCUACAGGGAAGGCCUCUACAGGCGCUGCCAGUCAGUCUUCUGCUACAACUUCUUGCUCUUGGUCACUUCCUCCCACUCCCUGGAAUCCUUGGAAUCUGCCUGCGCGUCUCAGGCUGAGUAUGACAAAGCUUCUGAGUCUGUCAAGCACCUCAAGACCAAGCCAGCAGCUGAUGAAAUGGUGUUCAUCUAUGGCCACUACAAAUAAGCAACUGUGCAUGACAUAAACACAGAAUGGCCUGGGCUGUUGAAUCACAAAGGCAAGACCAAGUGGGAUGCCUGGAAUCAGAUGAAAGGGAGUUUCAAGGAAGAUGCAAUGAAAGUUUACGCCCACCACGUAGAAGAUCUAAAGAAAGAAUAUGGAAUAUAA